CCUCAUAAGUCAUAUCAUAUGCCAAAACAUCGAUUCUCAUUAAAAAAAAACGAGAAGCUGUUGGCUUGGAAGAUCCAACUAUCUCAAUUAUAUGCUAAAAAUAGGAACAAUAAAUUAACGGUUAAGUGAACUAACCGCAGGAGCCAUCCAGCAAGGCAGCCACCAACUUCUUCAUCUCCAUUUGAAAAGAAAAAAAAUCCAUUCUUCUUCUUCUUCUUUGUCUUCCAUUUCGGCACCAGCCGGUCAUCCUCGCCGCGGGACUCUCCCCUCCUUUCCGCCUUCCCUGAGAAGCAAAGGCAAUCGAAAAUAGAUCAUAUAAGGAGCCUGAAGGGCUAUAAUAAGGGGGCGGCGCCUGUCUCUUCCUUUCUGUUAUCUCUAACAGGGAGGGAAAGGAGAAGAAGAAGCAUCAGGGGCGGAGGGAAGGGAGACCGAAAACCGGCGGAUGACAUGGUUCGAGCACUGGAAAAAGAUCAACAGCAGCAGUCACUCAAUGUUCCGAGGACGAAAUCCUCCACCACGUUAAGGAGAAUGCUUGAGAUACCUGGGAGGCAGAUUACCAGCAUGUUCUUCGACCAUGGGAAUAACAACAACAACAACAACAACACGCCAACGACGACCACCACCAUCAACGAUAACGAUGGGUCCGCCAACAACGUUGUUGAUCAGGAGAAACCAUCACAGCAGCAACUACAACAUCAACAAUCGAUGAAGAUCACUUCUCCGAUUAUUCCCAAGAGCAUUGUUGAUCAGCAGGAGAAACCACCACAGCCACAGCAACAACUACAACAUCAACAAUCGACGAAGAGCACUCCUCCGAAUCUUCCUAAAAGCAAGAGCAAUAAUGCAGGUGUGCUCAAUGAGACGGUGCAAGCUGUGGAAGGGUCUCCUCCUGAACGCGAACCAAAGCGUGCAGAUUGCGGACCACCUCCUAAGACGCCUACCCCUACCCCUAGAGAAAAGGGUCCCUCUGAUUUGGAUUUGAUGAAGGAGAAGUUCGGGAAGCUGUUGUUAGGUGAAGACAUGUCUGGUGGUGGGAAGGGUGUUUCUUCCGCUCUGGCAUUGUCGAAUGCAAUCACAAACCUUGCUGCAUCUGUUUUCGGGGAGCAAAAGAGGUUAGAACCAAUGUCUGCAGAUGCAAGAGGAAGGUGGAAAAAGGAAAUCGAUUGGCUUCUCUCUGUAACUGAUCAUAUUGUCGAGUUUGUUCCUUCCCAGCAAUUGAAUAAUGGUGUCAAUAUGGAGAUCAUGGUAACGCGGCAAAGAAGCGAUCUGCUGAUGAACAUCCCAGCUUUGCGGAAGCUUGAUACCAUCCUUGUUGAAUUAUUAGACCAAUUUGGAAAACAGAACGAAUUCUGGUAUGUGUCGAAAAAUGACGAGGAAGGAGGACCACAGAGAAACGAGGACAAGUGGUGGAUUCCCACGGCAAAAGUUCCAAAGGGUGGGUUAUCAGAACCAACAAGAAGAUGGUUGCAAUCCCAGAAGGAUGCAGUCAACCAAGUUCUCAAAGCAGCAAUGGCCAUAAACGCUCAAGUUCUAUCAGAAAUGGACGUACCUGAUAAUUACAUUGAAUCCCUUCCCAAGAACGGAAGAUCAAGCCUUGGAGACUCGAUAUACAAAUCCAUCACCGACGAGUACUUCGAUCCCACUCAGUUUCUGUCAACCAUGGACUUUUCAAACGAGCACAAUGUGCUGGAGCUGAAGAACAGGAUUGAGGCCUCCAUCGUUAUAUGGAAAAGGAAAAUGAUUCACAAAGAUGGUAAGGCAGCAUGGGGUUCGGCAGUGAGUAUAGAGAAGAGAGAAAUUUUUGAAGAGAGAGCAGAAACUAUCUUACUCAUCAUCAAGCAGCACUUCCCUGGACUUCCCCAAUCAGCACUCGAUAUGAGCAAGAUUGAGAACAACAAGGAUGUGGGACAAGCUAUUUUGGAGAGCUACUCAAGAAUUAUAGAGAGUUUGGCCUUCACGGUCUUGUCGAGGAUUGAAGAUGUUCUUUAUGCUGACUCGCAAGCACUGAAUCCAACACCACCAGAAGGAAGUGAAAAGCCUGAGGAAGAAGCAGACAGGCUAUCAUCUGCCGAGACACCAUCAUCAAUGACACUGUCAGACUUCAUGGGAUGGAGUGUGGAGAAAGGAGAGGAUGACCUGAAGAAGAUAGCAGCAUCAGGAAUCACAGACAGCUUGGAGCAAGAAAAGGUCAAUGCAAAACCUGUUGCCACUCCAAGGAAAUCGUCGUACCUGGAGAGGCUCGAGAACCUAAGUGGAAUGAGAAGUCCGACAGCUCGACACUGAGAUAUCCAGAAAUGAUGAUACAAGAAGGAAAGGGAAAGAAAAUCCGAAACCACACAUUAUCCAGAGGUCCACAGAACCCAAAGCAGGAAAAAAACUUAGUUCACAGGGAGAGGGGAUUCGUCAAAUGUAAAUAUCAAAAACCAAAUGCUAUGAACAAAAGACUGACUUAGUUGUCCUCACAACUAUGGUAGCCAAUCCCCCGUUGAUCUGCAUAGUGUAAUGGUCCGAUAUAUGAGACGAGAAAAUGGAAUGUCGAACAAAUGGAAUGAAGAAGGAAAAUUAUGUUCUUGAUUGAAUGGUAUUUAGUCUUUUUUCAUAAA